AUGCCUACGCCGAUCCCGCAACCGAAAGGCCUCCCAGUCCUGGGCAACCUUUUCGCCCUCGACUCCAAGAACCCCUGGGGCUCAUUCAACAAGCUCGCCGCAGCUUCGCCAUCGAACCGCCCGAUCUUCAAAAUCAGUAUUCUCGGCCACGAUAUUGUUUUCGUGACCUCCGCCGCCCUCCUCGAAGAGAUUUGCGACGAGACGCGAUUCCGAAAAUGUGUGACGGGCCCCAUCAUCGAAAUCCGCGCGGCGGUUCAUGACUCGCUCUUCACGGCUUACCACUCCGAGAACGAAAUCUGGGGAAUUGCGCACCGUAUCAUGAAGCCGCUUGUCUCUCCAGAGGCGAUAGAGGGUGUUUUCAACGAGAUGCGAGAGACAAGUGAUGAUUUGAUCAGAAAGUGGACGGCUUCUCCGAAGCAGCGCGUUAACGUGACGAAUGAUCUCGAUCGGAGCAACCACGAGGCGAAUAUGCUAGCGUUUUUCCACCAGAAGAUGGCUAUCAUGAACGGUACUGAGCCGGCCGUCAUUGCCUCGUGCCAGAAUGCGACCAUGGAAGCGAUGAAGCGCAGCUCGCGACCGAAGUUCCUGACCUGGCUCAUGGGUCACCAGAAGCGCUAUGAUUCUGACAUCAAGAUAAUGCGCGACUACGGCGCGGAGAUCGUGCGCAAGCGUCGCGAAGAGCACCCCGACGGAGGGCCCAAAGAUAUGCUACAUGCCCUCCUCCACGGCGUCGACAACGAAACCGGCAAAAAACUCUCGGAAAGCCAAGUCCUUGACGAAAUCAUCAACAUAUUCAUCGGCAGCGCAACAGCGCCCAACCUCCUCUCCUUCGGCCUCUACUAUCUCGCGAACAACCCCCACGCCAUCGCCAAAGCCCGCGAGGAACUCGACACCGUCGUCGGCACCGGGCCCUUCGAACAUGCCCACCUAUCCCAAAUCCCUUACACCGAGGGCAUCCUCCGCGAAACCCUGCGGCUUUCGGCCACGGCUCCCGGCUUCAACAUCGAGCCGCUCCCGUCACCGGGUAACGAGCCCGUUCUCCUCGCCGGCGGCGAAUACCAGGUCUCGCGCACACAACCCCUCAUCGCGCUCCUCACAGCCGUAAACCGCGACCCCGCCGUUUUCGAAGAUCCCGAAGCCUUCAAGCCCGAACGAAUGGUUGGUGAGAAGUACGACGCCCUUCCUUCCGGCGUGAAGAAGGGAUUCGGCAAUGGCAAGCGGCAAUGCUUUGGAACAAGAUAUGCGUGGGAAUGGAGUUUGUUGGUUCUAGCGCGCUUGAUCAAGGAGGUGGACUUCGAGCUCGCGGACAAGGGAUAUAAGGUGAGUAACGAGGGCGUCAACUAUAACGGAGCGUUCAGUACGAGACCCCUCGGCUUCUACUUGCUUGCGAGUCCGCGGGCUGCGGUGUGA